GCCGCAGCAGCAGCAGCAGUGGCAGCAGUAGCAGCGCUGCUUUCUCCCUGUCUAACCUAAACAAUGACGGCUACACACCGGAGAGGAGCUCACCAAUAGAAUGAUUUACCGGACACCUAACCCUUGCUUUUCACUGCUUUUCCGCCCGAUCACUUAAAUGUGCUCCGCGUAAACAUGUGGAUACCUACGGAACACGAAAAAUACGGCGUCGUGCUGGCCAGUUUCCGAGGGACCGUCCAACAUGGCCUCCCACUGGAAAUUGGAGACACGGUGCAGAUUCUGGAGAAAUGCGAAGGUUGGUACAGAGGAUUCAUCUUGAAGAACCCCAAUGUCAAGGGGAUCUUUCCAGCCAACUACAUCCACUUGAAGAAUGCCCACAUCAAAAACAAAGGCCAAUUUGAGACCGUCAUCCCCGUGGAAGACACUGUUAUCACAGAAAUGACUUCCACUCUUCGGGACUGGGGUGCCAUGUGGAAACAGCUCUAUGUGAAAAAUGAGGGUGAUCUGUUCCACCGACUUUGGCACGUAAUGAACGAGAUCCUAGACCUGAGGAGGCAGGUGCUGGUGGGGCACCUCACCCACGACCGCAUGAGGGACGUCAAACAGCACAUCACUGCACGACUGGACUGGGGCAAUGAGCAGCUCGGGCUGGACCUGGUGCCUCGGAGAGAGUUCAGCAUGGUGGACCCAGAGGAGAUCAGCGUCACAGAGCUGUACAGACUGAUGGAACACCGGCAUAGAAAAAAGGACACCCCAGUCCCUGCCAGCACCCACCACUUGUUUGUUCACGUAAAGAGUCUCAUGAGUGCCAACCUGGGGGAGGAGCUAGAAGUAUUUUUCCACAUCUAUGAUGGAAGAGAAAACCGACCACUCAGUGAACGGUUCUUUGUCCGGCUGAAUAAGAGCGGGUUGCCCAAGUCGCCGGAGAAGACAGAAAGACAAUGCACGCUAUUUGUGGAUUUGGGCAGCAGCGAUCUGCGAAAAGAUGUCUACAUUGUUGUUCACAUCAUCAGAAUAGGGAGAAUGGGAGCAGGAGAAAAGAAGAAUGUUUGCAGUGUACAGUACAGGCGUCCUUUCGGUUGUGCUGUUGUAAGCAUUGCUGAUCUGCUCACAGCUGACUCGAAAGACGACCAUCUGCUCAAGGUUUAUGCGUGCAACACAGAGAGUGAGUGGUAUCAGAUCCACGAGAACAUCAUUAAAAAAGCCAAUUCCAGAUACAACCUGUCAGGAUCCAACACUGGUCUGGCAGUGGCUCUGCAGUUACUCCAUGGCGACAUAGAGCAACUGAGACGUGAAUACAUGGUGCUAUUUACCCGCGGAGUGUCCAUCACAAGGAAACUGGGCUUCUCUGAUGUGAUCAUGCCGGGCGAGAUGAGGAAUGACCUUUACAUCACUCUGGAGAGGGGUGAGUUCGAGAAAGGAGGAAAAAGUGUGGCCAGGAAUGUGGAGAUUACAGUGUACGCUCUAGACAUCGAUGGGCAGAUGCUCAAGAGUCAGGUGGCAGCAGGCUCUGGAGAACCCGGGGCAGAUGAGUACCACUCUCUGGUGCUGUACCACAACAACAGUCCGCGCUGGGCAGAGCAGAUCAAACUGCCCAUCCCUGUGGACAUGUUCAGAGGGUCCCACGUCCGCUUCGAGUUCAGGCACUGCUCCACUAAAGACAAGGGGGAGAAGAAGCUGUUUGGAUACUCCUUUGUGCCUCUGAUGCAGGAGGACGGCAGGACACUUCCAGAUGGCACCCAUGAGCUCAUUAUACACAAGUGUGAGGAGAACACGAGUUUGGCCGACUGUUCGCGGUACCUGAAGAUGCCCUUCUCCAAGGCCAACCUGCCGUCCAACAACCAGACCUUAAAAGGGACCAAGGAGUCAUUCUGGAUCACCAGUUUCCUCUGCUCCACCAAACUCACACAAAACGGGGACAUGUUGGACUUGUUGAAGUGGCGUGCCCACCCUGAACGCAUCAACGACAGCCUGUCAAAGCUCAAGGAGAUCGAUGGCUCCGAGAUUGUCAAAUUCCUUCAGGACACGCUGGACACUCUGUUUGGGAUUCUAGAUGAAAGCAGCCAAAGAUAUGGACUCAAGGUUUUCGAUUCACUGGUUCACAUAAUCAACCUCCUUCAAGACAGCAAAUUCCAACAUUUUAAACCAGUCAUGGACACCUACAUUGAGAGCCACUUUGCCGGAGCUUUGUCAUACAGAGACCUGAUCAAAGUGCUCAAGUGGUUCGUGGACCGCAUCGUUGACGCAGAGCACCAAGAUCACAUCCAGCAGGUGCUCAAGGCUAGUGAGUACAUCUUCAAAUACAUCAUCCAGUCGCGACGCCUCUACUCUCUGGCCACUGGGGGGCAGAAUGAGGAGGAGUUCCGAGUCUGUAUCCAUGAGCUGUUCAUGUCCAUUCGCUUCUUCCUCUCCCAGGAAAACAAAGGCACAAGUCCAGUUGCACAAACUCAGGCUGUUUUCCUUCGAACAUUCCCUGCUGUUUAUGGAGAAUUAUUGAAGAUUUUUACAGUGCGAGAAGUGGCUGGAUUCGUCAGGGAGACACUGGCGAGUUUGCCCACUACUGUUCAAGCGGACUGCCCCCUAGAGACCAUCAAAUUGCAGUGCAUCGCCAAGACUGUGGAGAGCCAGCUUUAUAUCAACCCAGAGUCGAGGUGCAUCUUGUUGCCAGUGGUGCUCCGACUCCUCCAUGCACACAUGAAGGAGCAGAGGGAUCUGGUCAUGUGUGCACGGAUCCUCACCAGCAUGCUGUCUCUAAUCAAGAAGGAAGAGAGUGGAACUGCUGAGCCGGUGGUCUCAGAGGAGGUGCAGCUAAUUGUGGAGAGCCUUCUGGAAGUUUUAAUGAGGACCAUUCUGGAAAUCAGCAACCGACCUCAGCCCGCCGGCCCCUCCAUGAGACUGCAGUUUCAGGAUGUCACAGGAGAGUUUGUGGCGUGUUUAUUGGCUUUGUUGCGACAGAUGAGUGACAGACAUUACCAGCAGCUGCUUCAGGGCUUCAGCAGCAAAGACGACCUGAGGGACUUUCUUCUACAGGUCUUCACAGUCUUCAGGAUCCUCAUUCGACCAGAGAUGUUUCCAAAAGACUGGACAGUGAUGCGGUUGGUCACUAACAACGUCAUCAUCACAACAGUCCUGUAUCUUUCUGAACCUCUGAGGAAAAACUUUUUAAAUGAUAAGUUUGACUACAAGGUGUGGGACUCCUAUUUCUAUCUGUCGGUAAUAUUUAUCAACCAGCCGUGUCUGCAGCUCGAGUCCUUCUCUCCAUCCAAACGGAAGAAGAUACUGGAAAAGUACGGAGACAUGCGGGUGAUGAUGGGCUGUGAGAUUUUCAGCAUGUGGCAGAAUCUUGGUGAGCACAAGUUGAACUUCAUCCCGGCCAUGAUUGGUCCAUUCCUGGAGGUGACCUUGGUUCCUCAGCCCGACCUGCGGAAUGUCAUGAUCCCCAUCUUCCACGACAUGAUGGACUGGGAGCAGAGACGCAGCGGCAAUUUUAAACAGGUGGAGUCCAAGCUCAUCGACAAACUGGACAGCCUCAUGUCCGAAGGCAAAGGAGACGAGACAUACAGAGAGCUCUUCAACAGCAUUCUGUUGAAGAAGAUCGAGAGGGAGACCUGGAGGGAGAGUGGGAUUUCUCUGAUCGCUACUGUCACGAGGCUAAUGGAGAGGCUGCUAGACUACAGGGACUGUAUGAAGUUGGGAGAAGUAGAUGGCAAAAAGAUUGGAUGUACCGUGAGUCUACUGAAUUUCUACAAAACGGAGUUGAACAAAGAGGAAAUGUACAUCCGCUACAUCCACAAACUCUACGACCUGCACUUGAAAGCACAAAAUUACACAGAGGCUUCAUACACUUUGCUGCUUUACGAUGAGUUAUUGGAGUGGUCUGAUCGGCCGCUCCGGGAGUUCCUGAACUACCCCAUGCAGAGCGAGUGGCAGAGGAAGGAGUUUCUGCAUCUCACCAUCGUCCAGAACUUUGACAGGGGAAAGUGCUGGGAAAAUGGGAUCAUCCUUUGCAGAGAGCUGGCUGACCAGUAUGAAUCCUUUUAUGACUACAGGAAUUUGAGCAAGAUGAGGAUGAUGGAGGCCUCACUUUAUGACAAGAUUAUGGACCAACAGCGACUGGAGCCUGAGUUUUUCAGAGUUGGAUUCUAUGGAAAGAAGUUUCCCUUCUUUUUAAGGAAUAAGGAGUUUGUUUGCCGCGGCCAUGACUAUGAGCGUCUGGAGGCUUUCCAACAGCGGAUGCUCAACGAGUUUCCCCAUGCCAUCGCCAUGCAGCACGUGAACCAGCCUGACCAGACCAUCUACCAGGCCGACGCGCAGUACCUGCAGAUCUACGCUGUAACUCCCAUCCCAGAGAGCCAGGACGUGCUGCAGAGAGACGGUGUGCCUGACAACAUCAAAAGCUUCUACAAGUUCAAUCACAUCUGGAGGUUCAGAUACGACCGGCCGUUCCACAAGGGGAGCAAAGACAAGGAGAACGAGUUCAAGAGCCUGUGGGUGGAACGGACCACACUGACGCUGGUGCAAAGUCUUCCAGGGAUCUCCCGCUGGUUUGAAGUGGAGAAGAGGGAGGUGGUGGAGGUGAGCCCGCUGGAGAAUGCCAUCGAGGUGAUUGAGAACAAGAACCUGCAGCUGCGCACUCUGAUCACUCAGUGUCAGAACCGGCAGAUGACCAACAUCAACCCGCUCACUAUGUGCCUCAAUGGGGUCAUCGACGCUGCGGUCAACGGGGGCCUGGCCCGAUACCAAGAGGCCUUUUUUGUCAAGGACUACAUUAUGAACCACCCAGAGGACGGAGACAAGAUUGGACGACUGAGGGAGCUUAUGUUCGAACAGGCUCAUAUUCUGGAGUAUGGCCUCGCUGUCCAUGAGAAGUUCGUUCCUCAGGACAUGAGGCCUCUGCACAAGAAGCUGGUGGACCAGUUCCACCUGAUGAAGUCCAGCCUGGGCAUUCAGGAGUUCCCUCCGUACGUGCGAGCCAGUCCAGUGCACUUCACCAACGGCAGCCCUCGGACCUGCCGGAACUCUGUGCCCAACAUCAUCAGCCCCGACGCAGGCAGGGGAGUGACCAGGCGCAGGUCAGCAGCUCUUCCUCUCAGUUACCCAGCUGUGAACCGCUACUCCUCAUCCUCCCUGUCGUCUCAGGCCUCCAACGAAGUCAGUAAUAUCACAGGGCAAUCAGAAAGUUCGGAUGAAGUUUUCAACAUGCAGCCAAGUCCAUCUACCUCAAGUCUCAGCUCCAACCACUCUGCCUCUCCGAACGUGACAAGCUCUGCUCCUUCUAGUGCCAGAGGUUCUCCUCAAAUGGCAGAGAAACACAAGCAUUCCAGAGAAAACGCCUGUCUGUCUCCACGCGAGCGGCCAGUCAGCGCCAUCUUCCCCAACCCAUUGGACCCUGCACAGAGAGCACCUCCUCAUCAAAUAGGAGACAACACAUUACCAAGAAGUGACCCCAACCUCUCAGCACCAGACAAAGUGAGACCCACCCCCAGUAGCUGGAGCCUAGACAGUGUCAAAGAGGGAAGCCCGUAUUUCUCAGAGUCUUUGGGCAAACAGCUAUGCCCUCCUGUCCCUCCUAGGCCACCGUACACAGUUUCGGCUAAAACCACAACAUCGCAGUCCCCAGUUCCCAACUCAAGAUCCCCACAAAAGAGCACAGUGCCCCCAUUUACACCCUCUCCCACCGAGUGCCAGUCGUCCAGUCUGGUGUCCAGCUCCCCGGUCCUGUCCGGUAGCUAUAGCAGCGGCAUCUCAUCGCUCAGUCGCUGCAGUGUCUCCGAGGCAUCCGGCACAGAGUUCCCCACAUCCGACCACCCUCCGCCACACCCGCUUGCCCCGCCCACAACCCUGCCCACUUCCAUCUCCAGCAGCUCGGACGAACCAAUACGGCGAGAAAACAAGACUCCACCCCCUUACAGCGUCUUCGUGAGAGAUAACCCGCGUAGACCUGUGCCGCUGCCCCAUAGCCUCUCCAUCCCGCCUCAGACAGACCCCCCGGCACUGCCCCCCAAACCACACCAACUCCGCACCGGAAGCAUGAAGCUGGACGCAUCCGAUCCACGCGUACCACGACCACGACCUCUGCCCAGGAAAGUGUCACAGCUAUAGGUGCUGGUUCAGGUUACCUCCAGGCAUGGGAAUACACUGGCAUUAUUUGCACUUUUUUUACCGGGCACUCUUUUUAAUUUGGCAUUCCUACUCUUCAGUAACGGACGGGUGACUGAUCUUGAGGCAAAACGUAUAAUAAUCACCAUUUUUGUAGGGGGCAUUGUAUUGACUUGACACUUUUAGCUCUAGUACUACAUUUUACAGUGAUUUCAAUACAUUUACUCAGUUUUGAAGAACAAAGUUGUAAUAAUCUAUAUGUAUAUUGGUAUAUAUGGAAAUUGUUUUGCCUUAAGUAUUGCAAACAGAGUCUUUUAUCAGUGAGUAAUGCACGUUAUGUUUCUUUUUUUAAAAUAACUGUACAUUGUAUAUUCUAUGGCAAAAAAGGUGCUAGAGGCCUCGAGUAUGCAUUUCAGUAAGGUGUAGUAGAUAAAGGUGCGCUUCUGUGUUCAUAUGUCCACACGAGUAAUGGUUGAAAGUAACCCAAAGAAAAAAGAAUAAUAUAAGAUCUUGGAAAACAAUGUAAGUGGUAGGCCUGUCAUGGUAACACAUUUUAAAGUGCAAUAUAUUUCUUGAAAAAAAUAUUGACAUUACAAAAAGUUCCUCACUAGUGCAAAGAAAAAGUACCACGAUAAAUAUUAACCCCCAGAAAUAAUUUUUAAUCUAUCUUGUAUUGAAUGAUGAAUCGGUAUAAUAUUUAUUGUGCCAGGCCUAGUACAUGGUAAUUUUGACAACAGUAGGUUUAAAGGUGUAUUGUUCAGGUGCACAUGUGAAACGGUCUGUGGCUUUUUGUACAUGCGAUCUAAAAUCUGAUUAUUAUCUGAUUUCUGGACCUUUAAGAUUAUUAAAAUGACAUGCAAACCACAACAUCCAAUGUGAGUAGUAGGGUUGUCACAAUAAUAACAUUUCAAACUUUAUUUCUACACUAAAAGUUAAGCUUGAUACUCCAUAUGGAUUCCAUUAACACGAUGAUAAUAAAACAGUUUUCAACAUUAAAUCAUGUAUCAGUCUAAUCCAAGUAGGUUCCAUAGUGGUCCAUAGGCAUAUACUAGUCUACGUGGUCUUAUACUUCUUAUUCUGAUACAGCUCAACAUCAUUUUAAAGCUAUUUAGGGAAGGUUUGUUUCUGUCCUGUGAAUGUGACUUUUUUAGUAUUGAUACUUUUGACAAACCUAAUGAGUAACCAGAGGAACUAUGACCGGAAAGAUUUAGCUGUUUGCUUGUCAUUUUUACAUUUAGUCAUUUUAAUAAUCUUAUAACACCAAAAAUCUAAUAAUAAUCUGAUUUUGCAUGUAACAGCAGCCAACCUUUCAAGCUAAUCGCUGCCUUACCAACACUGCCCUAUCUCUUUUUAAACAACUGUGUAUUUUCUGAUAAUUAAACCAUGACAACAUCCCCAGGCCAGCAAGAAAGGCUCAAAGUGCAUGCCAUUUUACCAUUACUAUUGUGAUCAGUGUGUGGAAGCCCCCGUACCCUCUCUGCAUGACACAUUUUAGGGGUAGAGUACCAAGUAUUGUGCCAAAGGAUCAUGUACAAUGGGCUGUAAAAAGAUAUUCAACUUUUUCAUUUGAGACUUAAAAUCUAUAACAAAUUCAUGUGCCAAUUAUUGUAUUAUAGUGACAGUAUGAGCCACUGAUCAAGUCUAGCAAAUUUAGAAAGCACAAAUAGUCAAACUGCUACUCAUAUUAAGGACAGUACUGUUAUAACAAAAUGCGUAGUUAUCUAGGAUGAAGUUGCGAUGAAGUUGUCAGCACACACCUAGCAAGGACUUUUUUGUUUUAUCAGCCUAUCGCACGAUGGAAGAUUUUCAAACUAAUCAUUGUCAAAUAUUUGUACAGUAAAGAUUUAAUUGUGUUUUAAUUACAAGCGCUGGACGUGGGUAGACUACAGUGUCAGGAGUCGGCCCAUAAUGCCACAGUCAAAGUCAAAGACUGUGGGAGGCAGAUGUCAUGCUGUUUUGUAAAGUUCAGAACAUUUUAACAUGUUUUCAUGGAUGUUCAAUUCUGUGCAACUUUUUGAAGGGCAAAACGAGCUCAUAUUGUUUGUAUCUUUCAUUUUUGUAUGGGUAAUCUACUUUUUAAUUUCUUGUGAAUUUUUGGAGAUUCAAUGUUCACAUUAAUCAGUACUUGACAACCUGUAAAUUAUAUGAGAUUAAUGUAAGUAUGCCAAAUAUAAAAAUGUGUAUUGCAAUUAAUGUAAAUAUUGUGUUUUUAACAAAAUGUAGCUAUAACAAUUUACAGCUUUGAAUGUAAUGUUGAAGCAGCAAAUCAUUAUUAUAAUGUUCAAACUUUUAUGGUUUUGUGAGUGUAGAAAAACUAAGGUCACGCAUAAUGACACCUAACACAUUUACAAUUUCAAUAAAACUACCCAAUGUUAAAA